AUGAGUACCGCGGACGAGUCGUGCACCCCAGAGGAGAGUACCUCAGCGGGUUGUAGCUCUUUCAAGAGGUCUGUUUGCAGCCGACAUCGCAAAUCACAACGUUCAGUUCAAGGAGGGUGUGCAUUUUUCAAGCGUUCCCAUAAAAAUGCACGAUCGAAACGAAACCAAAAAAGUUGCGAUGGUUUGCUGAGUGAAGAGUGCGAUGGCGAUAUAGAAAUUCUAUACGAGAAUAUCAAAGAGCCAAAUCCGAAGAAGCUGAAGUGCCAGCGAAAUGAAUUAUUCGUUGGGGAUUGCGAGAGAAAUUCGUCGGUGAGGAUCGAUUUAUAUUUAUUAUUUUCGUUAUUUCUAGUUAUUAAUAAUUAA